UCAGGUGGUGCUGCUAUGGAAAGAUGUGAUCAGAGGGUCAGAAAGAGGAGGCUUUUCCUGAUUGCUCAUUUCAGUAAUAAUAAAACAACUUCUGAAAUUACAAACGACGUUCUCGUUUGGUUGGAAAAACAAAGAUCAAUGCGCCGCGCCGAUUAGAAAGCUGAGAGAAUGCCCUUGGUGUAGAAGAGAACGUUUCCCCGGUUGUUUUGGGUCAAGAGCGCGAGCAGGAUGUCCAAGCGGCGCAUGGCGGAGCGGGUUUCCGGGGAAACCUCGGGCCGGGCCAGCAAGCUCCUGUGCCCCGGAAUAUCGGGAAACAGCGGGAAGAGAGCCGGACCCUUCAUCCUCGGACCUCGGUUGGGGAAUUCUCCGGUGCAGAGCAUCGUUCAGUGUCUGGCCAGGAAGGACGGGACCGAUGAUUUCUACCAGCUGAAGAUCCUGACCCUGGAGGAGCGGGCGGACGCCGGGGCGGAGACUCAGGAGGAGCGGCAGGGGAAGAUGCUGCUCCACACGGAGUACUCCCUCCUCUCCCUGCUCCACAGCCAGGACGGCGUGGUGCACCACCACGGCCUCUUCCAGGACCGGGCCUACGAGAUGGUGGAGGACCCGGACUCCAGCAGGGUCCGGCGGAUGAAGAAGCGCAUCUGCCUGGUGCUGGACUGCCUGUGCGCCCACGACUUCAGCGACAAGACGGCCGACCUGAUCAACCUGCAGCAUUACGUCAUCAAGGAGAAGCGCCUGAGCGAGCGCGAGACCAUCGUCAUCUUCUACGACGUGGUGCGCGUGGUGGAGGCGCUGCACAAGAAGAACAUUGUUCACCGAGACUUGAAACUGGGGAACAUGGUGCUAAACAAAAGGACACACAGAAUCACCAUCACCAACUUCUGCCUGGGGAAGCAUCUGGUGAGCGAGGAUGACCUUCUGAAAGACCAGCGGGGCAGUCCUGCCUACAUCAGCCCGGACGUACUGAGCGGCCGCCCGUACCGUGGGAAACCCAGCGACAUGUGGGCCCUGGGGGUGGUGCUGUUCACCAUGCUGUACGGCCAAUUCCCCUUCUACGACAGCAUACCUCAAGAGCUCUUCCGCAAGAUCAAAGCCGCAGAGUACAGCAUUCCAGAGGACGGGCGUGUGUCGGAGAACACCGUGUGCCUGAUCCGGAAGCUUCUGGUCCUGGAUCCUCAGCAGAGACUGACUGCAGCCGAGGUGCUGGAGUCCCUCAGCGGCAUCAUCGCCUCCUGGCAGUCCGUCUCCUCUCUCAGUGGUCCCCUGCAGGUGGUGCCAGACAUCGACGACCAGGUCAACCACCCGGAGCAUCUACAGGAGGCGAAGGUGACGGAGGAGUCCUCUCAGUACGAGUUUGAGAACUACAUGCGGCAGCAGCUGCUGCUGGCAGAGGAGAAGAACACUAUCCACGAGGCCAAGGGCUUCCUCAGCCAGCGCCACUUCGGCAACAUCCCGCCGGUCCGCCGCCUCGGACACGACGCCCAGCCCGUCAGCCCGCUGGACGCCGCCGUGCUGGCUCAGCGCUUCCUCAGGAAAACUCCAAAUAUAAAGUGAUUUAUAUUUGCGGAC